GAAGCACCCCUGAACAACCAGUCAGCGCCACUGAAAGAAAGCCGCGCGCUGCCUGCACUCAUACACUGACAGGGAGCGUUGGUUCGCUCACUCGUGCGGUCCCUGAAGAUGGUCUGAAACUCAGGCGCGUGUUUUCUUUUUUUCCUUUCCUCCCAUCCCCUGUGAAGAGCUCGAGCCCAGAGCCACAAUGUUGACGAGGCUUUUCAGUGACCCCUCACUGCUUCCCGAUGUGCAGAAAUACUCCGGCUGGGCGGAGGACAGCGAUGGCGAUGAUGCCAAGAUGAAAGACGACGACCAGGACACCCAGGACGACAUGGAGUCAUCUGAAAUGAGAGGAGGCAGCCGGACGCAGUCCGAGCACGCCGGGGAAGACGACGAGGACGACGGGGUGGAGGAAGAGGACGACGGAGAGGAUACAGAGGGAGACAGGCCCAAGAAAAGGGGCCCCAAGAAGCGCAAAAUGACCCAGGCCCGGAUCGAGCGCUCCAAGAUGCGGCGGAUAAAAGCCAACGCACGAGAGCGGACCCGCAUGCACGACCUGAACUCUGCGCUCGACAAUCUGCGUAAAGUGGUGCCCUGUUACUCCAAAACGCAAAAACUGUCCAAAAUCGAGACGCUGCGGUUGGCCAAAAACUAUAUCUGGGCCCUGUCGGAGAUAUUGCGCUCUGGAAAAAGGCCCGACCUCGUGUCCUACGUCCAGACGCUGUGCAAGGGACUCUCCCAGCCCACGACCAACCUGGUGGCGGGAUGCCUGCAGCUAAACUCCCGUAACUUCCUAACCGAGCAGCAGUGUCAGGACGGGGGGAGGUACGGGUCCGGCUCCUUCUCAAUGCAUUCCUACCCCUACCAGUGUGCGCGUCUGUCCAGCCCCCACUGCCAGCCGGGCUCGAACUCGCAUCCCCUGAGGACGCACGGCUACUGCUCGGCUUAUGAUUCUCUGUAUGGUGGGAGCGGUUCCCCUGAGUAUAACAGCCCCGAGUACGAGGGGCCCCUCAGCCCGCCCCUGUGCAUCAAUGGCAACUUUUCCCUGAAGCACCAAGGCUCUGCGUCCCCCGACAACGAGAAGGGGUACCACUACUCUAUGCAUUACUCCGGCCUGCCUGGCUCAAGAUCCACCGGAGCCCACAACCUGGUGUUUGGCUCCUCGGGGGCCCGGAGCGGCAUUCACUCUGAAAACGUCCUGCCUUACCACGACAUGCACUUACACCACGAACGGCCCCCCGUGUAUGACGAACUGAACGCGUUUUUUCACAGCUAAAGUAAAAAUGAGAAACCUAUCGUGCGUCCCCUUGCAAUCAACAAUCUGUCCAUGGCACACUUUUUUGACAAGCUUACCUGCCAGGGUUUAGGCUCUAUGGAGAGAUGUUUCACUCGUUGUCAUUAGUGUUUUCCUUUCAUUUAUUCCGUCUAAAAUAUUUGUUUUGCUAUAGUCAGGGAUGUAGUGGAGGGUGACCCACAAUCUCAUGUCGCGAAAGAGAACUUAUCAAGCUUUUUAAGGUGAAAUUAAUCUCUAAAAGGGAAUCUGAAAAAUCAUGACAUGAGCUAUGGUGAUCUGAAAUCUGUUUUUUUUUAAAUGUGAUUUGUGUCUAUUGGGUGAUUGAAAAGUUUUCAACUUUAUUCACCACUGCAUCACUGGCUACACCUUCACGAUGGCAGUGAUUUUUUAAUAAUAUGAAAUAAGAAAUAAACCAGUGACCGAGCUAAUGCACAUUUACUCGCCUGUACGUGC